GUAUAAAGUAACGCACAUGCAUAACAUCGGGAAAUGUACAUGGAAUCAUUAAUUUACAUACGAUGUACAACAUCAGUUGGAAUUUGAACGUUGUCUCGGUAUAACAGUUGGUUGCUUCUUAGCGGAUGUGUCUUUAUCUUUAUUUUUGGUCUAGUGCAAAUAGUAGAAAGGUGAAUUGAAAUCACUUUUCAGACUUCUGAAAUGUUUGAAUUAGAUUAAUCCGAGAUUAAUUUAUUAUAAUCACAAACAAACGCUGCGGAAAACGUCUCAAUAAACAUUACACACAGAUUGUAUAAUGUGAACGGUGAACAUCGUAAACUGAAUUUUUUUGUGAAAAUUAAAAAGAAAUUCGACCAAUUUUCAUUGAAGAUUACUUUUAAGCGAAAUGUGUGAUAUUUUCGUCUGAUAUCUGUCGCGAAAAGUGCUACAUUCUACUAAACUAAACGACAGAUCACAAUGUCUGAGGAUCAUAUGGAAUAUCUAAUUGGAGAGGACGAUCAGAGUCCUAAUCAUCCUAAAAGACAAUAUGGAAGCUGUACGGAGCUUAAACAACGAAUCACAUACACUUGGAAGAACAUCGAUGUUUUCGGUGAAAUGCCAACCCAAACGUCCGUAUUUCGAAAUGCUUUAAACAAAAUGAAAGUCUGCGUUGGCCUGCGUGACAAAGCUCCAACUCCCCGGAAGCAUCUGAUCAAAAACAUUUCCGGUAUUGCUAAUUCUGGAGAAAUAUUAGCUGUAAUGGGGAGUUCGGGUGCCGGUAAAACAACAUUACUGAAUACGCUGGCAUUUCGCACUCCCGUCGGCAUUCAAUUAUCACAAACAGCGGAGCGUGCUUUUAAUGGAAUGGAAAUCGGAUUUGAAGAGCUCAGUGCUCAUUGCGCGUAUGUGGAACAGCAGGACCUUUUCAUUAGUUCGUUGACUGCACGAGAACAUUUAAUAUUUCAGGCAAUGCUGAGAAUGCCAAAGACUAUACCCUACCAUCAAAAAGUGAAGAAAGUGGAUGAGGUUCUCGCAGAAUUAUCGCUGGUCAAGUGUAAAAAUACGAAAAUCGGUAACCCGGGUCAAUCGAAAGGAUUGUCGGGAGGUGAAAAGAAAAGAUUAGCAUUCGCCAGCGAAUCACUCACCGAUCCAUCUCUGUUGUUUUGUGACGAACCAACAUCGGGACUGGAUUCGUUUAUGGCGCACAGCGUCUUACAAGUUCUCAAGCGUUUGGCAACGAAAGGAAAAACCAUUAUACUGACGAUUCAUCAGCCGUCUUCUGAACUGUUUGCACUGUUCGACAAACUUCUGUUAAUGGCAGAAGGACGUGUUGCUUUUUUGGGUACGCCAGGCGAAGCAUCAAACUUCUUUAGUCAAUUGAGUACACCAUGUCCGAGCAACUAUAAUCCGGCUGAUUUCUAUGUCCAACAACUGGCAGUUGUGCCUGGAAAUGAACAAGACAGCAGAGAAAAUAUUCGUAAAAUUUGCGACACCUUUGCUAGCAGUGAUUAUGCUAAGGAAUUACAUAAGGCAAUAAGCACUUGUAAUAAGGGCGACCAUAACGUUGUAGGCCAUUUUAAAAACCAAAUUUAUGAAUAUCGAGCCACUUGGUGGACACAGUUUUGUGCAAUAUUGUGGCGUUCGUGGCUUAACGUAUUGAAAGAACCGUUCCUGGUGCGAGUAAGGUUGCUGCAGACUGUGAUGGUCUCCUCGCUGAUUGGGUUGAUAUUUUUUGGACAGGAGUUAAAUCAAGAUGGUGUUAUGAACAUUAAUGGAGCGUUAUUUCUGUUCCUAACAAAUAUGACGUUCCAAAACCUCUUUGCGGUUAUUAAUGUUUUUUGCGCCGAAUUGCCCAUAUUUCUACGCGAGUCGAGAAGCCGUCUGUACAGUACAGACACAUAUUUCCUUGGAAAAACAUUGGCGGAAUUGCCCUUAUUCCUACUUGUACCCUUCAUAUUCACAUCAAUAGCGUAUCCCAUGAUCGGUCUACGUCCCACCUGGACAUCGUAUUUAUUAGCGUUGGCAUUGGUUACUUUAGUGGCGAAUGUUUCCACGUCUGCAGGAUACCUAAUCUCGUGCGCUAGCUCGUCAACAUCAAUGGCUCUAUCAGUGGGGCCACCCAUAAUAAUUCCGUUUUUACUGUUCGGAGGAUUUUUCUUAAAUUCAGGCUCAGUCCCCGAAUACUUUAAAUGGUUGUCCUACAUAUCGUGGUUUCGGUAUGGUAAUGAAGGCCUCUUAAUAAAUCAGUGGAAAGAUGUGGCCGAUGGUGAAAUUGCAUGCUUGAGAGCAAACACUACCUGCCCGAGAUCAGGUCGUGUCAUUUUGGAAACUUUAAAUUUUGAUGCAAACGAUUUUCAAUUCGACUUUUUGGGGCUGAUUUUGCUAAUUAUUGGAUUUAGGAUAUUCGCUUACCUUGCAUUAGUUAUUCGUGCGCGGAAUUAAGCAGCGAAAUUGUGUUUUUUAACGAAUUUUUAAUAAUCUUUUAUAUUUGAAAAUGGUAUGUUGUACACAGCAGUCAUUGUGCAAGAAGUAAAUGAAUAACGAUGUAUUAAUUCUGUAGACUUUCACUUUAUGCAAAAUGUUACCAUUAAAAAAAAAUU